UGCGUAAAUAACAUGCAUCAGAGCUUUUGAAUACUGCAACACAAGACCAGUAACUUAAAAAAAAAAACAUUCAAGGAUGACUACAGAGAUUGUGAGGAACGUCACUGCUGAUUUGACCCUGAAAGGUGGUAUUUUCUCCCACUCCUCCUUUGCAAUUUGUUCAAGCUCUUGAACAUUUGCAGGGUUCUUUUCUCCAAUGGCAGAUUUAAUCUCCCCCCAAAGAUUUUCAACUGGACUGAGAUCGCUGGGACAUUUUUUUCCUUUUCAACCAUUCCUGUGUGCUUUUGAAUGUGCGCUUUGGGUCUUUGUCUUGUUGGAGGACCCAUGAUCUUCGCCUCAAACCAAAUUCUCUUACACUGGACAUUUAGUUGUUGGUCAUCUUUCAGGAUGCUCCGUGGUCCAGAAUUAGCACUCCUCUUGCUCUGGGCCACACUGCACUCUGCACCCUCUCCUGGUCAUGCCUGCCUGUGCACAGCCCUUCAGCCUGCUGGUUUGCUAGUCAACUGCACCUCUUCUGACCUCUCGGAGUUGCCUCCUCUGCCAUCGGAUACCAGGGAGCUCCACGUGCAGGACAACAGCCUCACCAGCGUCCCCUCAGGCCUGUUUGAUAAACUGCUGGACCUUCAAAGUAUCUCCCUCACCGGUAAUCCUUUCCACUGUGACUGCACCAUUGAAUACCUGAGAAACUGGCUGUUGAGGAAUAGGGCUGCAGUCUCUCAGGAGCCCACAUGCUUCAGUCCCAGCUCAGUGGCUCAGAAAGCUAUCACAGAACUCACUGAUGACUACUUUAUCCAGUGUGCCCCGAGAGGCUGCAGUAAAACCACCUCUGUGGUGGUUGUGAUGGCAGUGAUGCUCUGCUGCCUCAUUGUUCUGCUUCUCUGGAGCCUGAGACUCGCCAAAGACUGCACCUUCACUCUCAAUAUUGAAGAAAAAAACUUGGGACUCAAGGUUGACACUCUAUAUCCACUAAAAGUGAGACACAGGAGGGGGCUGUCAGUUGUCAAUGAACACUGUCAUCUUUUCACUGAGGAUCUGGAAAGGCAUCCUGUCAACAUGGAGUUACUACCACAAGUGUUGGAUGUGUUGCACAAGAAACACAAUAUUAAGAUUAAGGCUAUCUGAGGCACCUAUUUGAACGCAUUUCAUGCAAACAUUAGAAACGCCAAUCGAGGAGGCGCUUUCUCUUCUAUAACAAAAAAAUAUGCAAUAAGUUGUUUUGUAAACUUGAGAUGUGCCAUUAUUUUCUUACACUUAAAGGCAAUCCAAAGAAAUCCCUCUUAUUUAGGCAAUGAAUACAUGAUUCUAAAUGCUGAGUUGACCCACAAUGUGAUUUCGAUGAUCAUUUAAAACCUAUCAUGGAAAAGGUUAAAUGAAACUUUUUUUUUUUUUUUGCCUGGUACCUUAAAAUGAUUCCAAUCCAGAGCACAAACUAGAUAAAUAUUUAGAGAUACCGUAUUUUUACGACCAUAAGGCGCACUUAAAAGUCUUAAUUUUUCUCCAAAAUGGACGGGGCGCCUUAUAAUUCGGCGCGCCUUAUGUGUGCACCGAGUUCCAAAAUCUGUAAAUGUUGUUGCGUGACCUUGAUGAGCGCUCCGCUUGACUGACUGGGAGCAUUUCCUGCCGACACGCUGCUUAUAUAGAGGAAGGUGGACGUGACUGAGGACAGCAUGCGGACUUUAAAGGGGGAAGGGUGCGCAUGAAAGAGGACGCUAAAGGCACGCCCCCAGUAGGUAUAUAUCGGCUAAGGACCCCCAAAAACGGCACCUACGAAGCACAGUUUAAACUACAAGCUAUCAGUCACGCGGAUGAACAUGGGAAUCGAGCAGCCCCGAGAGAAUUCAAGAUCAACGAAUCCGUGGUUCGCAAGUGGAUGCUUGGGCAUCAGUCAUUGCAGGUAUCUGCUUUGACUGUUGUCCGGGCUUUCACGAAAGCCAGCAUCAUUGCUGAACAGCCCCCCGGCAACGAGACUGACUCCGACAAUGACGAGAGGGAACCCGGCAUGUUUGAUGACGAAAUUGCCCAGCUGCUCAUUUCGGAUACAGUGCAUGAGGAUUGAUAUAACGUGAGUACAUUGUUAAAUACUUCAAUAAAGUACAACCGAACUCA